AACAAAAUCAAUAAACAAAUACAGUGUUUCUAAAUAUUUUCCGAAUAAAACAGUGCAAAUUUUGUGACUUAUUAAAUAUUAAAAGUAUUAGAAAGAUGACCUCGAAAAUCUUCAUACUCACUGAACUUUGUUUUUUAAUAACGCUACUGAUGCCACAAAAUAUUUUCGUGCAAUCAAAAGACAUUCACCAAAGUACUAUUAAAUUGGCAAAUCGACACAAAGAUGACACGAUUAUAUUUCCUGGAGAAAAGAGACACGUGCCCCCCGCUUGCAAAGGAUCCACUUAUUGUGAGAACGUAGACUCUUAUCCCGAAGAUAUAGUGAAUAGGGCGCUUCGAAUAAACGAAAGCAUUAAAUAUCUUUCUAGUGUAGAUGGAGUUGAUAUAGGACAGAGGCUCAUGCCAAACGAUGAACUAUCCCUUUGCGUAGCUGAUGAGCAAAUUAUAUUUCCACAAUCGGCGGAGAACAAAGACAAUGAAUGGAAAUUCAUCGCGAAUCAAAAAAAUUUCAAACAGGGCAUACGGAUUGAGAAGUGUAGAACGGAGGGCGCCAGCUGUAGCGUGAUAAGUGGACUUGCUGCAGGUUACGAAACAAGUUGCAAGCAAAAAUUCAUUUUUAGAGAAUUGUUAUCAAUAUCGGAAAACGGUAGUGUUGCUCCAGAUAUUUUCCGAUUCCCAGCGAGUUGUUGCUGUUUUGCAACACUCACUGGAAAUCUACUUACAAGAAUGGGUAUAGGGCAGCAAAGUCAAAUUACAUCUACUACAGCACCUAUUAAAAAUAGAUGAAUAAAUUGAAAAAUAUUUUACUAUACAGUUUUGACAUAAUAUGCAUGUAUAAAUACAUAUACAUAUAUACAUACAUACAUAUAUAUAUAUACAUAUAUACAUAUAUAUAUAUAUGUAUAUAUGUGUGUGAAUAUGUAAAGAAAAUAUAAAACAACUCAUGUAAGAUAAGUUUAUCAGCUUAUUGUUAGCUGUUGGAUCUAAACUUAUAAGAAAUUAAAAUACUCGUAGGCAUUUUUCCGAUCAUCCAUAUUUUAUGGAUAUUCGAAUACUAAUUUAGAAGAACAGUGUAUUGAUACAUGUACAUAUCUAAACAUUUAAAGUACAAUUUAUCUAAAUGUGUUUAUACUUCCUUUCUUAUAAUUAUACAUUUUUUACAAUUGCAAAAAGUUUUGUAGUAGGAAUGAAACGACUUUAUAUCAUGUGAUACUAUUUGAUAUGUUAGUGACAUUGAUAAUGUGAUUCUUAGUUUAAGAAUAUUGUUUCUUAUGUACUCAUUCACCAGCUAUAUCUUACAUAAAACAAAGAUUAUAAUGUUUAUAUUUGUUAUGAAAAAUAUGUAAUAUAAACAAGAUGAAACAAUAUACUCCACAAAAACAUAUGGAAAAUAUAUGUAUAUUUACAUCCAAAGGAUCCAUUUUGUUCUAAUUUGUCAAUACGCGAGUUUAUUCUUACACAUUAAAUACAGUACUUACAAUUUUA